UGCCUAAUGUUCGCAAAUUCCAACCUUACAGCAUAAUUGUACACUCUGAUUAGAAGCAGGUGGGGGUGCAGGCUUCAUGAAUAAUUCAUGUUUGGACAAUUAAAAAUAUUAGCUGUUUGAUAUAAAAUAAACGGACGCCAUCGAGACAACAGUUGAGGUGCUCACAUCACACUAGCAGUUCCACGACAAGACGAGUCGGGAAGUGAGGAAGGAAUAAAAGUGAAGGAAUUCCUAGGCAUUCAUUUAUUCUUGAAGUUACACCUAGUCAGAAACGACAAGAUGAUUAAACUGCUGUGCGUCUUUAUUGUUGCCCUGGGGGCUAUCAAUGCCAGCGUGGUCAAACGUGAAACAAUCCACGACAAAGGAACUCAUCUGCUGGUCUGUGAGCAAGAACCAAUCGAGCUGGGUAUCGUCCUGGACUCCUCUGUGUCCAUCGACAGGAAGGACUUCAAAAAGGGAAAAGAGUUUCUGCAGGAUUUCUUGCAACAGUUCGAAAUCGGCGGUGGCGACAGAGACGUCAGGGUGUCUAUUAUCACUUUCGGCAAAGGCAUCUACCCUGAGGAUGGGUUCAACCUGACCAAGUACACUGACAAAGACGAGCUGAUCGCGGCGAUCGGCAACAUUCCCCACAGGUUGGGACGCUACACCUCAACAGGCGAAGGUAUUGAAUACAUGGCUACAGCUCAGCUGGCGAGUCAGUUCACCCGUUCAUGGGCCGAGAGAGUUGGACUGGUCAUCACAGACGGAAAUUCGCAAGAAUCUGCUAAAACAAAAGAAGCUGCUAGGCAGGCCCGUGAAUCUGGAAUUACCAUGUUUGCUAUCGGAGUUGGAAACGUAAAGGAUCAAGAGCUGGUGAAUAUCGCUGGAGAUGCAAGCCGUGUCUUCAAGGUAGAUAGCUAUGAUGAACUGGAGAACAUCAAACAGACCCUGGCUCACCAGACCUGCAUCAGACAGCUGAAGACAACCACCCCACCACCCCAGACAGUGUGCGGAGAGGCCAACCCAGCAGACAUCUACUUCGUGUUCAGUCCCGCCGAGCUGGGUCUGGAGGGAACUUCCUGGGCGACCUCUCUCAUCGGCAGCCUGAUCAAGCAGGAACAGAUGGAGGAGGGAUUCAGGCGCGUGUCCGGAAAUGACUUCUAUGGAACCACUGGCGGCCGGUCCGGGGCCCAGGAUGUGGCUGUUCUGGUCAGUAGUGGCGGGAAACGCAGCCGUCGUCUGCAGGCUGAGGUGGAUCGUCUGAGGAACGAGGGAGUCGAG